AUGAGGGAAUACGCAAUCCAAGAGGGUAGAAGUAUAAAUCUAGUGAAAAAUGAUAACAUCAGGUGCAAGGCGGUGUGUAAGGUCAUGGAGUGUCCAUGGGUGGCUUAUGCAUCAAGAGACCAUGAGGACACGUGUUGGCAAAUUAAAACCUUUAACGAUGACCACACUUGUCCAAGAGAGGACAAGAAUAGGGCUGCCAACAGAAAUUGGGUAUGCAGCAAGCUUGUAAAGAAGGUGAUAAAGUAUCCAAAUUUUAGACACUGCGAGGCUACAACUUACUUUAAGACACGGUUUGAUUUGACACUGAAUAAGAAUUCAAUCUCGAGGGCAUUAAUGGUUGCUAGAAGUGUGGUGUAUGGUGAUGAGAAAGAGCAAUAUAGGAUGGUUCGGGAUUAUGGUAUUAUGCUGUUGAAGACUAAUCCCAGUUCUACUGUGCAAAUAUGUACCACCCCACAACCAGAUGGUGAAGUGACCUUUGAUAGGAUGUAUAUGUGCUUAAGCAGCUGUAAAAAUAGGUUCAAGGCUGGCUGCCAUCCUUUGAUAGGGCUGGAUGGUGCAUUCCUGAAGACAAGGUUUGGUGGCCAGAUUUUGUCAGCCAUGGGGUUAAAUGCAAAUCACCAUAUCUAUGUAAUAGCUUGGGCUAUUGUCAGAGUGGAGAAUACAGAUACAUGGAGAUGGUUUCUUGAGCUACUUCAUCAGGACUUGGGUUACUAUAAAGAUCACGACUGGUGCUUUAUAUCAAAUAUGCAAAAGGGACUGAUAUCAGCAGUGAAAGAGGUGAUGCCUGACGUGCAUCACCGUUUCUGCGUCUAG